AUGGCCAUUGAAAAAUCCAUCACAGACCCUUCCCUCGCCGCCGUCCUCCAAAUCUCCGACCAAGCCCGCGACCAGGCCCACGCCCUCCUCCAGCUCGCCGACACCGCCAGCGACGGCCGCGCCACCGCCGACAUCCAGGCCGAGAUCGCCAAGCAGCAGAAGCAGCUCUUCACAAACAUCUCCCACCUGCGCGGCCUCCACCGCAACGCCUGCCUGUCCGCCCGCGACACGAAGGCCCAGACCGCCGAGGCGCGCCAGGAGGUUGAUCGCUUGCAUCUGCAGCUGCAGAAUCUCUACUACGAGCAGCGCCAUCUCCAGGGCGAGAUUACCGGCUGCGAGUCUUACGAUCACAAAUACCAGCAGCUGCCUCUCAUUCCCGUCGAAGAAUUCCUCGCUCUACGCCCCGAAUACACGGACUCCAACGACGACGAACGCAUGUUUGCCCGCAUCGAGCACGAGCGCGAGGAGCGCGAGAUCCUGGAGCAGCGCCGCCAGGAGCUCCUCAAGCGCAAGCAGAAGCUCAUCAACGAUAACAAGCGGAGAAAGGAUGACUUGGCCAAUCUGGACCAAGACUUGGAAAAGUUUAUUGAUGCUGCGAAACCGAUUCUCGAACUGUUCGAAAAGGCACCUUGA